AUGGAGCAGAGCAUGGAUGUCAUCCUGGUGGGCUCCAGCGAGCUGUCCCCGCCGGCUUCCCCUGUGCCCUGCAGAGGUGAGGGCUCAUUCGAGGACGGGUCCCUCCCCGAGGGUGCCAGCCCCAGGCCUGGGCCAUGUCUACGGUGCCAGGCUUCUGGAAUAUUCACAUACAUGGCACCCCCUCCCCCGCCGCCCCUCAGUUCCCGUGAGAUCAGGUCACCCUGUGACACGUGGCCACGUUUACAUGAGAAGAAGGCAGGAGAGGGAACGGUCCCCUUCUUGUUUCAUUUUUCAGAGCUUCUUGCGUAUGAAGUCAGGGUGAACCAGAGAGACAUAGAAGACGUGUGCAUCUGCUGCGGGAGCUUCCGGGUGCACACGCAGCACCCGCUGUUUGAGGGCGGCAUGUGCGCCCCCUGCAAGGACAAGUUUCUGGACUGUCUCUUCCUGUACGACGAUGACGGGUACCAGUCCUACUGCUCCAUCUGCUGCGCUGGGGAGACCUUGCUCAUCUGUGAGAACCCCGACUGCACCCGAUGCUACUGCUUCGAGUGUGUGGACACGCUGGUGGGCCCCGGGACGUCGGGGAGGGCGCAGGCCAUGAGCAACUGGGUGUGCUUCCUGUGCCUGCCCUUCCCCCGCAGCGGGCUCCUGCAGAGGCGGCAGAAGUGGCGGGGUGGGCUGAAGGCCUUCUGUGACCGGGAGUCGAAUUCGCUGGAGACGUAUAAAACGGUGCCCGUGUGGAAGAGAGAGCCAGUCCGGGUGCUGUCCCUCUUUGGGGACAUCAGGAGAGAGCUCGUGAGUCUGGGCUUCCUGGAGAGCGGCUCUACCCCGGGGGGACUGAGGCACCUGGACGAUGUCACAGAUGUCGUGAGGAAGGACGUGGAAGCGUGGGGCCCGUUCGACCUCGUAUAUGGUGCCACACCCCCCGUUGGCCAGGCCUGCGACCACCCGCCAGUGUGGUACCUGUUCCAGUUCCACCGCGUCCUGCAGUACGCCAGGCCCAGCCCAGGCAGCAGGCAGCCCUUCUUCUGGAUGUUCGUGGACAAUCUGGUGCUGAGCCAAGAUGACCGGCGCGUAGCCACUCGCUUCCUGGAGGCCGACCCCGUGACCAUCCAGGACGUCUGUGGACAAGCCGUCCAGGACGCCGUGCACGUGUGGAGCAACAUCCCGGCUGUGAGAAGCAGGCACUCGGCCCUGACUCCCCACGACGAAUUGUCCCUGCUGGCUCCAGACAGGCAGAGGGCAAAGCCUCCAGGCCAGGGACCUGCCAAGCUGGUGAAGAAUUGUUUUCUCCCCCUGAGAGAAUAUUUCAAGUAUUCAACAGAACUCACUUCCUCUUUAUAAAUGAUUUAUUUUACUAUGAAGAAAAAAGACUUUUGUUAGAACCAGGCAACUUUCCUUACACUGUUUCUUUUUUCCUUUCAAAUGAUUAUUUUAUUUGCUUGAUUUUGGAUUUUCCAAGGUUGCCACAGACGUGUCUUCCCUUUGGGUGUGGUGAUGAGGGCCCAGCCCUGCGGUGCCCUUCUCCGAGGUGUGGGGGGCGUGACGUUCCCAGCCCCCGACCGUUACGAAGCAUGUUUGCUGCUGAAAAUGUUUCUGUGUGCCGGUUGAGAAGUUAAAAAAUAUAUUUAUCGUGCUGGUUA